CGCUGCCCGCUACCGGGCAAGGUCGCGCGGCGGGGCCGGGAGCGGAAGGGCUAUGGCGAUGGCUCCUCCGAGCGGCGGCGGCGGCGGCGGGGUGGUCCCUCGGGGGACGGUGAUGGGCUACACGGCCGACGAGAAGCUUCGCCUGGAGCAGCUGAGGGCGCUGCGGCGCCGCUGGCUGAAGGACCAGGAGCUGAGCCCCAGGGAGCCCGUCCUGCCCCCGAGGAAGCCGGGCCUGGUGGAAGGCUUCUGGGAGGGAUUCCUCAAGCCUGGCGGGUUCUGGAGGCAGCAGGUAUUCAAAACCUACAAAGCUUCAAAGUUUCUUGUAUAUCGGCUCCUUAUUCCUUUUUGGCUUGUCCACUAUUACACCAAGUAUCACCUAGCGCGUCGGCCAUACGGAAUAGUCGAGACAAAGCCCAAGUUAUACCCAGGUGACAUAAUUAUGGAGACGGGGGAAGUCGUUCCCCCGUUGGAAAUACCCGGCAGCCAUCAUUAAGAGGCUCAAGAACUUUGAAAACCGCAGACACGUGUCUGUCUUCAGGAUGUAUCAAAUUUAACAAUAAAGGUGACUUCCAGACUA